AUGCUAGCUAACUUGGGCUCGUCGUCGUCGUUGUUGCAGCAAAAGACUGUGAUCAGGCUGGGCGAACCGAACGCCAAGAACCGGUCUAAAGCCAUGCAGCUGGCAUCCAAAUCUGUCGGAGUGAACUCGGUGGCGAUCAUCGGCGACGCCAAGGAUCAGCUGGAGGUGGUAGGAGAAAGCGUCGACAUCCCCUGCCUGAUCAAUCACCUGCGCAAGAAGGCCUGCCGCGCCGACAUCGUCGUGGUGGAGGAAGUGAAGGACAAGAAGAAGGAGGAGGAGGAGAAGAAGAAGAAGGAAGAAGAAGCUGCCAAGAAGAAGAAGGCGGAGGAAGAAAAGAAGAAAAAGAAGGCGGAAGAAGAGCUCAGGAAGCUCUGCACUUGCCCGCCGCCGUGCACCGGUUAUUACGGGCGCCCGCUGCCGACGGUUUUCUGCGAGGAUCAGCCAGGAUUAUGCCACAUCCUGUGA